GCACUGGGAAACGAAAAGCGUGGCUGUGGAAGAGGCGACAGUCUUCCUGAACCCAGAAAGAAAGUGGAGAGGUUUUUAUCGAGGGAUGCAGUGAUUUUGGCCCGCGGCGACAAAGAUGCGGAGACGACUUUUGGCCGAUCGCGGUAAGCUGGAUCGGCUGCCGAUCAAGAAGCAAAGGGUCGCCGAGACCGUGCAAUCCAGUUUGUUUUUCAUCUGUAAAGUUGUUUUCAUAUUCAUUAUUGGAUGGCUGGCUAUCCUGCUCCUGGACUCAAUGGCCGAUUUUCGGUUUGAGUUUCUCUACCCAGCGUUCAUGUUUCUCAAGAACUGUUUUGAUUCCUAUCGCUACCAAGGAUUGAUUUUUGCUCUCUUAGUCUUUUGUCUGGUGGUCUAUCUGGACCUCCUUUGCUGGACCGUCCUAGCCAGUCCCUGGCUGUUCCUGGGGGCUUCUUCGUGCGUCUGGCUGGAGAUUAUCAGAAGCAGCGACCACAGUUUCAGUUAUUCGGCGUUGACUCUCUGGAUGCUGUUUCUCUAUGUCGAGGUCUCCUUCAGACUAGAAAAGCUUCCCGGACAGCUGCUUAAUUUCUCCAGACCAUUUGCCGCUCACUGUAUUGGAUAUCCUGUCGUUACAAUGAGUUUCCUGAUCAAGCACCAGAUAAUGCACGUAAUUCGCCAGAGACAGCAGAAGAAGAUUGCGGAAGAAAACGCAGUCUAUUUCGCAAUCCUCCAAAAAGCCUUGCCCCAGGAACCCUCCCGGACAGCCGAAAACAACGACAAAGAUCACAAGAACGGAACGGAAGACUCUGUUGUUAUGAUGUCAUCGACAACAACCGUCCAAUCGGAUCGCGAGGGGCGGCCCAAAGCGUCUCCAAAGACAAAUCAUGGAGGAGGAGGAGGGAAGACGUCGAAUCGAGAGAGAAUGGGCAGCUCCAGUGGAGGGAGGCAUGGGAAGUCGGGAAACUCUCGGACCGCAGACCGUUCCAAUACGUGCAGAUCUCAGACCCAGCCGGCGGGCAACGAGCAGUCGCAGCAGGCAACGGCACAUGGUUCAGGAGGAACAGCAGCCGCGGCGAACGGCGACGUCCUGCGACCCUCGUCUGCGGGGAAGGUCCACGUGGUUGGCGGGAAGAAGCAGCUGGCCGUGAAGGCCGUCCCGCGUAGCAACCAACCUCCUCAGACACCGGGUGCUCCUGCUGGUCCGGUUGCUAAUGGUACUACCCCGCUGGACACCGUGAAGGACAAGAUGAAGGUGGCCCUGGACAUGUUACAGAACGAACUACGCUCGGAGCGAACUCUGCGACAGGUGGCCGAGGCUUCUGCCAGCAAAAUGGAGCUGGAGGUCAAGAAACUAAAGGCGGACCUCCAGGUUCGUAAUCCUGCCUCGAGUAUCUAUAUACUACACAUACUAUUAGUAACCCUUAAUCAGAAUCCAAUUUUCGCACAGAGAAAAGAUUCCCGGACUUUUUUAAAAGGGUGCACUACACGACAUCUUGGUACAGCUCGUGUUUCCCGUGAAGAAAGAAGAAAAGAGAAGUGAAAGCCCAGUCUAUGCAAACAUUUUAGCAGGCCGUUCAAUUUUUGGUCUUCCAGACCCAAAACCUUUACCUGAGGUGUGCCUCUUUUCCUUGAGAGGGGUUCCACUGUAAUAUAGCAGGUCCCUUAAAACCCCCAACUAAAUUCUCAUUGUGUGAUCCCCCCUCUAAAUCUCUCUCUCUCCCUGACAGGCGAGUUGUCUGCAGGAAGAGGAGACGGCCACGAGAGUUGACGAGCUGCAGACGAAAGAGAAGACCCAGCGAAUGGAGCUCCAUAGGUUCAAGACUGAGAGUGAGAACCUGCAGCUCAAGUUGUUAAGGUUGAGCUCGGGGAAGAAUCACGACCAGGCGUCCAUAGCCGUGCUGGAGAAGAAACUAAAGGAGGAGGAAGGAGGGAGACAGCGAGUGGAGCGAGAGCUUCGCGAACACCUCGACCACAUUCAGAACCUGCGCAGCGAAGAGGAGGUCAUCCAGCUGAAGGAGAUGCUGACGUGUAAGGAGCGCGAACUGGACUCGAUUCGGAAAGAGCUGCACAUGAAACGCAGGCAGAUCGACCGACUCCAACAGGACAUGAAUGUAUGUCACAUGUCACUACAGGCCGCCGAGAAAGACCGCGCGCAGCUCCAGAAUUCGCUGAGCGAAGAAUCCGGCAUGAAGAUGCGACUGUUGAAGGCGCUGAGCGAGCUGACCCACCGGAACCGGCUGUACAUGGAGGAGCUUCAACGGAAGAACCAGGAGGUGGAUCACCUGAGGCAGAGACUGGCGGAGAUAAUGGCGAUAGUUCCGACUAUACCAGCACCUAUACACCCUCCAACUGCAUCCACUAGCGCUAACAACGGAGGGUUCCAGCCGACUACCAUGACCCCGUUUGCCACGACAACGACCUCUUCCGUGUUCACGAUGCCAGAAGGCAUGUCCACGUACCAUCCACCGCAGUCACCUGUUGCCAUGUCCAUGUCGACAGCUGCAGCCUCCUCCGCCCAGCAACAAUUCCUGACCUCUCCCGGCAACCAGCAACCUUAAAAAAAGCGGAAAAACUCUUUUUUCAGAUGUUAGCAAGGAGCAACCUUAGUUCAUUGUUGUCACAACAUGCUCAAUGAUAAGCUCUAAAAUUUUUCUUUUUGAAAAAAUUAUGAGCCAAAAAAUGUGAUGAUACGUGAUGCUG